CAAUCAAAUGCAGUGGCUAUAUGUCUCCCGAAUAUGCAAUGGGAGGGUUAUUCUCAGAGAAGUCGGAUGUCUACAGCUUUGGUGUUUUGUUAUUAGAGAUGGUUAGUGGCGUGAGGAAUACCAGUUUUCAUUAUCAUGAAAAAUAUUUAAACCUCCUUGGUUAUGCAUGGGAAUUGUACAAUGAAGGCCAGGCAUCAGACUUAGUGGAUGAGGUAGUGGUUGAUUCAUGUUCCUUGUCUAAAGUAAUGAGAUGUGCACGUAUUGGUCUUCUUUGUGUUCAGGAUCAUGUUGUGGAUAGGCCAACCAUGUCUAUCGUGGUUCUUAUGUUGAGUAAUGAAAUGGAUCUUCCACAUCCAAAACAACCCACAUUUACUAUCCAAAGCUUGUCAGACGCUGAUCUUCGGUCAAAAUGUAAUAAAAGAUGUUCCAUAAAUGAGGCAUCUCUAUCGAUUAUUGAAGGACGAUAAGCAAUUAACAAAUCAUGUAUACGUCGCACAACGUAUGUUGGUAUUAUUGUACAAAGACAUCUACAAAUAUAGCAAUUAAAGUUUGAAAUCAAUGUUAUGUAA